CCCCAGCCCCAAUCCACAGGGCUUGGCUUUCCCAUUCAUUAUUGAUCAUAUUUUAUAAAUCUAACGCCACACAAUUUUUUCCACAUUACCGGGAGCCGUGGGGAGGCUGCCCGGCCAUUGGCGGAGCGGACGUCACGUGGGUGGGGUCACGUGGUCCGGAGAGGAAAAAGGGGGUCCUUUUUGGUGUAAAUCUGGACUCUAAUUCUGUAAUAUAUCAAGGAAUCUCGUAAAACCGACACUAAAACGUCCCUGCCUACAAAUCAUCCGGCCAAAUUAUGAGUUCAUUGUAUUAUGCGAAUGCUUUAUUUUCUAAAUAUCCAGCCGCAAGUUCGGUUUUCGCUACCGGAGCCUUCCCUGAACAAACUUCUUGCGCGUUUGCUUCCAACCCCCAGCGCCCGGGCUAUGGAGCGGGUUCGGGCGCUUCCUUCGCCGCCUCGAUGCAGGGCUUGUACCCCGGCGGGGGGGGCAUGGCGGGCCAGAGUGCAGCCGGCGUCUACGCGGCCGGCUACGGGCUCGAGCCGAGUUCCUUCAACAUGCACUGCGCGCCCUUUGAGCAGAACCUCUCCGGGGUGUGUCCCGGCGACUCCGCCAAGGCGGCGGGCGCCAAGGAGCAGAGGGACUCGGACUUGGCGGCCGAGAGUAACUUCCGGAUCUACCCCUGGAUGCGAAGCUCAGGAACUGACCGAAAGCGCGGCCGCCAGACCUACACGCGCUACCAGACCCUGGAGCUGGAGAAGGAGUUUCACUACAAUCGCUACCUGACACGGCGGCGGCGCAUCGAGAUCGCGCACGCGCUCUGCCUGACCGAGAGACAGAUCAAGAUCUGGUUCCAGAACCGGCGCAUGAAAUGGAAAAAGGAGAACAAGACCGCGGGCCCUGGGGCCACCGGCCAGGACAAGGCCGAGGUGGAGGAGGAGGAGGAAGAGUGAGAGCCAGAGAAAGGGCAGAGAGCCAGAAAGGGAGAGAGAGGGCUGAAGCCCAGCUCUGAGAACUGAACCAGGAAACUCAAAUUAAAUAGGGAGGGGGAAAACUAUUUAAAUAGUGAAAAGCAGUUUAAAAAUUUUUAAGGAGAGACGGUGGAAUUUUGGUUUCUUAACACUGAAAAACAAAAACAAACAAAAAAACCACACCAUACUACCUAUAGAAAAGCCCCGGUGGGUUUGUUUUGUAUGCUAUGGGAGGAACAUCACCUACCUACCUGUUCUCUAGAUUUUCUGCCUCCCCUUUUCUAUGUCGCUAUUGUAAGGUCUUUGUAAAAUCUCGCUGUUUUGUAAGCCUCUUUCUUUGAUGCUGUCUUUGUGCUCUGUGGGUCUGGACUAAGGUGUGUGGUUCCCUGUCCUCCUGAGCCCCCCCCCCCCACCUUACCAGUAGCAGCACGGAAGGGGCCUUAGGGAGCCCCAUGGACCCACCGGACUAGCUCAAGUGUCCCCUCUGUGCCCCUGGCCUACCCGAUGCUCCUUGCUUCCGCCAGCCCCUGUGAUCCCCUUUACAUUGUAUGUGUACCUGAAGGAUGGAGAAAUAAAAAACACAAUUUAAAAAUGAA